GCAAACACACAUAUAUAAGCCUCACAAGUCACACAAUACACACACUCACUCUUCUUCCUCCAUUUUUUCUUCUCUCUCUACAUAUACACACACACAGAGAACAAAUAUAUAUAUUGUAAGAAUGUCGAUGGAAUCGAAGCUGUAUUCUAGUUGCAACAGCAUUUUACAAGAAUCUCAGUUUCGUUCUUCACGUCUUGGUAUUGGACAGGCCUUUCUCGAUUUUAGACCUAAAAAUCGAAUUGAUUGUGUUAAAGUUGCUCAAUCCUGCAAUCGAAUUGGGGUUGGGACUUUACGGAGUCCAUUGAAGCUCAAGUCUCGAACGAGUCGGCGUGUUUCCGUCAUAGUCUCUGCGUCGAAAGCCGAAUCUCUGGGCUCACCUACGAAAGCCGAACCUCUGGGCUCUCCGACUGUUGAAAAGCCAGAAAGCAAGACGACGACUGUGGAGUCUGUCAAACCUGUGUAUGUGCCCACGCCUAGGGAUCGCCCUCUUCGAACUCCUCAUAGCGGGUACCACUUUGAUGGGAGUCCAAGGAAAUUUUUUGAGGGUUGGUACUUCAAGGUCUCAAUACCAGAAAGAAAACAAAGCUUCUGCUUUAUGUAUUCUGUAGAAAAUCCUGCAUUUCGUAAGAAAUUGGGGAGAUUGGAGGAGGCACAACAUGGGCCUCGAUUUACGGGAGUUGGGGCUCAAAUUCUUGGUGCUGAUGACAAGUAUAUUUGCCAAUACACUGAAGAAUCUCAUAACUUUUGGGGAAACAGACAUGAGCUGGUGCUGGGGAAUACCUUUGUAGCCCAAAAAAAUAUGCAGCCACCAGAAAAGGAAGUUCCUUCUCAGGAUUUCAACCAAAGAGUGUUGGAAGGCUUCCAAGUUACCCCACUUUGGCAUCAAGGUUUCAUCUGUGAUGAUGGAAGGACAAAUUAUGUGGACAUUGUAAAGACAGCACGUUGGGAGUAUAGUACCCGCCCCAUCUAUGGAUGGGGUAAUGUUGGGUCUAAACAGAAGUCCACAGCAGGCUGGCUUGCUGCAUUUCCUGUAUUUGAACCCCAUUGGCAAAUAUGCAUGGCUGCUGGACUUUCAACAGGUUGGAUAGAGUGGGAUGGUGAAAGGUUUGAGUUCCAAGAUGCCCCUUCUUAUUCUGAAAAGAAUUGGGGUGGAGGCUUCCCAAGAAAAUGGUUUUGGGUCCAAUGUAAUGUCUUUGAAGGUGCAAGUGGAGAAGUUGCUUUGACCGCAGGUGGAGGAUUGAGGCAACUGCCUGGACUAACUGAGACUUUUGAAAAUGCUGCACUGAUUGGAGUUCACUAUGAUGGAAUUUUCUAUGAAUUUGUGCCUUGGAAUGGAGUUGUUCAUUGGGAAAUUGCUCAAUGGGGUUACUGGUACAUAUCUGCAGAGAAUGAAACACAUAAGGUGGAAUUAGAAGCAAAAACUAAGGAUCCAGGUACCACAUUGCGUGCUCCCACAUCAGAAGCUGGCCUUGCUCCAGCUUGUAAAGACACUUGUUUUGGUGAGUUAAAACUGCAACUGUGGGAAAGGAGAAAUGAUGGCAGCAAAGGGAAGAUUAUUUUGGAUGUUAGAAGCGACAUGGCAGCAGUAGAAGUUGGUGGAGGACCUUGGUUUAACACCUGGAAGGGCAAAACAUCGGCACCAGAAAUCCUUCGCCAUGCCCUUGAGGUUCCAGUUGAUGUGGAGGGGAUCUUCGAUUUCGUUCCACUACUCAAACCCCCUGGUUUAUAGUCAUAUGGUCAUUAUAUACAUAGAUAUAUAGACACGCUUACAGUAGAAGCACUUGCAUAAAUGGUCAAACGUCUUGGCUGUGACAAUGCGAAUAAUGUAUUUACUUUGUAAAUUCAUCGUAGAUAAGCAACGUCUGUGUUGAGAAACUUACCUGGGUGGGAAAUUGUGAUGGUCAUGCACUUUGUGUUAGAAUUUGUCUUUCUUUUUUUUUUCUUCAUAAGAAUGCUAACACAAUUUUAUGUGUAAUGGCAAACUCUGACUCAGUUACAAUGUAAUUCAGCAAAGUGUAUGACCUUGAGUCAGUUAUAACCACUUGUAAUGCUAUUGUGCUCUUCUGAUGUUUGAUCAAGUGUCUUUUCCUUUAA